AUGAAGCUGAAGGAUCUGAAAGUGAAGAACUAUCUCUUCCAGGUGAUCGACCGAACCAUUCUUGACACCAUUCUCAAGAAGGCUACUGCCAAAGAUAUAUGGGACUCCAUGAAGAAAAAAUUCGAAGGAAAUGCAAGGGUCAAGAGGUCUCAUCUUCAAGCUCUCCGCAGAGAAUUUGAAACUCUUGAGAUGAGGACCGGUGAAAAAGUAACAAAGUACUUCUCUAGGGUUAUGACAGUGGCCAACAAAAUGCGAAUUUAUGGAGAAGAUAUGCAGGAUGUUAAAGUGGUGGAGAAAAUUCUACGCUCUUUAACUGAGAAGUUCAACUAUGUUGUAUGUUCUAUUGAGGAGUCAAAGGACAUUGAUGCCCUUACUAUUGAUGAGUUACAAAGCUCAAUAAUAGUGCAUGAACAGAAGUUUCAGAGAUGA